AUGGCUAACAAGAACGUCCCCGCCACUACCACCAGCUACGAUCCAAUCUUCAAACAAGCUCCUCAAGGCCCUCCUCCAAUUCAACCGGCUCCUGUAAAUACCCCUCCCAGUCUAGCUCCAGCCAACUAUGGGGUUUCUCCAGGCCCUGCUUUACCAAUGCCUCAUCAUGGCCACCAGAUGUCAAUGACCAUGCCUAUGCAGAUGCCGCCGAUGCCACCAAUGUCACAUCAUCACAUGCCAACUUCGGCUCCGAUGCCUUAUAUGACUAGCAGCCAUGCCCUCUCCACAAACGGAAGCUCCCCACGCUCCCAAUACGAGUUCGACCCUUACUCUGCAAUCGAUCCGGCUCUGGAGAGCGCGACGCUCCCUCCACCGAAUCUCAGUCCGAUGCUCGGAGAGAGGCUGACCUUACACUCCGACUCGAACGGAUUUCGGGACUUGAAACGAACAUAUGAUCGUGGUAGUCCAUUCCCUGGGUCGGUUUCUGACACUCCACGGACUUCUGGUACCCCGAUUCCGAGGUCGUCUACCCCUGGUGCAUCUGGUUACCCGAACUUUCGAGACGACCUUUCCACUGGGAACCCUGCUAAGCGAAUCAAGAUUGACGAUUUGAUUGCUGGUUCUGCUCCACCUCCGCCGACUCCACCUCCAAGCGAGAAUGCUUAUCUUCCCGGAAACGAGGGCGUCAAAGCACUCUAUAGCAAUAAAUAUGCCCCAGCUCUCGACCAGCUAUUUGAGACCGGUUGGUUCUCGGAUGAGUGCAUUUCCAUCAUGUCGCUUAAUCUUGAUCUGGUUAAUUUCCUUGGAACCGUCUUUGACAGGCUGAACUCCGGAGAGGCUCCUGCCAGCGCCGAAACCAGCCUCGAUCACCUUCCACCAGGGAAGGCAGCUCUUAUCUUGUAUACUGUCAUGGAUCUUCUCUAUGGACUCGGUAGAAAGAGCGACGGGCCUCUUAUCGGACCGCAGUCUUCCAGGGCCGAGAACAUCUCGGAGACCCUCGACAGGGUCAGAAUCAUCGAGACUCUAGUGAUGAACAAGCGUCUGGAAGAUGACGAUGACUCAACUAACAUGUCUUUGGCUGACUUCAAUCCGGAGGAAGAAUCGCCUGACGUUCGCUCAACAAAGUUCUGGGGAGCUAUCAAAAUGUUUUUGAGACUCUCGGACCCCGGUUCUCCUGCUGCUCGGGACAUCUUGAAAGCUUGCCACCCGUACUUGGAGAGUGGACUUGAUAACAGGGAAAUCAUAUACUCGAUUGCGACGAUUCGUCAUCUCCAGGCCGCCUUCAAGGAUUCUCGCGAAGACACCUAUCCCGAUCCAGAGGAGAGACGCAGGAGGGGUGUCAAUCUAGAUGAUGCAAAGAGCUUCAUUGAAGGCAUGGCCCGUACUCCAUCUGGUGAAAUAACCUGCGUCUUCAGACGAAUCUGUUCUCGGGCACUUGCAUUAUUCCAAAGGCAAGAGGCCAGCCAGCAUAAACUCCUUUAA